AUGGCCUCAAAGACAAAGUACGCCCCGGCGCCGACCCAGGACCCGGACGAAGCAUCAAGCUACGCCCAGGCGCCCCCCGCCUACCAGGCCGAACCCACCGCCGCCUCCGAUACCGACCGCCUCUUCGGCGGCGGCGCGCCUCGUAGCAGCCAGGACGACGACCUCCCCGAUGACUUCAAGUUCGGCGGCUCAGUAGCAGAGGCCACGACCGAUAUCAGAAACCAAUUCAUCCGCAAGGUCUACGCCAUUCUCACAGUUCAACUCAUCGCCACCGGCGCCGUCUCCGCCCUCAGCUUCUUCAGCGAUGGCUACAAGACCUGGAUCCAGGCCCACCCAGGCCUCGUCUUCGCAUCCCUCUUCGGCUCCAUCAUCAUGAUGCUCCUUACCUUCUGGAAACGCAAAUCCUACCCGACAAACCUCCUCUUUCUCUCGGGCUUCACCCUCAUGGAAGCCUACACAAUCUCCGUCAUCGUCUCCUUCUACAAGGCCGGCAUCGUCCUCAACGCAGUCUUCCUCACAGCAGGCAUCUUCAUCUUCCUCACCGCCUUCGCCUGCCAGACAAAGUACGACUUCACCUCCUGGAUGCCCUACCUCGGCGGCGCCCUCUGGGGUCUCGUCCUCUUCGGCUUCAUGUACAUGUUCUUUCCCUACAGUUCCACCGGCGAGCUCGUCUACGGCGGCAUCGCAGCCCUCAUCUUUAGCGCCUACAUCCUCGUCGACACGCAGCUAAUUAUGCGCCACCACCACGUCGAGGAGGAGAUUGCCGCCGCCAUCAGCUUGUACCUCGACAUUAUCAACCUGUUCUUGGCGAUUCUGCGCAUCCUGAACAGCCAGCAAAACAACUAA